AUUCCUCUGUGUGGUCUGGAUAACAGUUGUUAAAUGUUUGGAUGUUACACUGUGCUUUAUGGAUAACAGGCGCCUCUUGUCUGGAUAUUACUCUGUAAUAGUUGGAUAACAGGCGCCUCGUGUUUUUUCAGCGACCAAAGCGAAGAAGGAAGAGGGGCAGAUUGGCAAAAUUGGGUCCCGUGACCAAAGGGGAAAUGGAAAAGGAGGGUAUCGUGAAAGGCAAGAAUAUGUUCAGCCAUGUGUACUCUCGGAGAAUAUGUGAGAAGACUCAGGAGGAGGCCGAGGUGGUUCUGGAGCCAGAUACAGUUGUCGAGCCUGAGGUGGAUGUGGAGUUAGAGGUUGAGUUGGAGGUUGAGCCAGAGUCGAUUGUCGAGCAUGAGGUGGAGGUGCCUGUUGUUGAGUCGGGUAUUGAUGUGGAGGUAGCUAUUGUUGAUCCGGAGGUUCGGGAGGAGCCUGUUGUUGAUUCGGAGGUUCGGGAGGUAGCUAUUGUUGAUCCGGAGGUUCGGGAGGAGCCUGUUGUUGAUCUGGAGGUUCGGGAGGAACCUGUUGUUGAUCCGGAGGUUCGGGAGGAGCUUGUUGUUGAUCCGGAGGUUCGGGAGGAGCCUGUUGUUGAUCCGGAGGUUCGGGAUUCGGAGCCACCUAUUGAUCCGGAGGUUCGGGAUUCUGAGCCAGAUGUUGAUCCGGAGGUUCGGGAUUCGGAGCCACCUGUUGAUCCGGAGGUUCGGGAUUCUGAGCCUGCUGUUGAUCCGGAGGUUCGGGAUUCGGAGUCCAUUUUUGGUCAAGUGAAUGUGAUGGAGAUUGCUCUCCAGAGCGCUGCUGCUGCUGAAGAGAGUAUAGAGACAUCCCCGACUACGGUAAAUUUUGGAGGAUACCAGUAGUGUCUGUUCUUCCUGGAUGUUUGUUUCGUUUUCUGUGGAUACUAGACUGUUCUUCCUGGAUAUGUGUUUCUGUUUCUUUGGAGACUAGCUUGGGCUUCCUGGAUAUGUGUUUCUGUUUCUUUGGAGACUAGCUUGGGCUUCCUGGAUAUAUGUUUCUUUUUCUUUGGAUACUAGCCUGGAAAGCCAGGAUAUUUGUUUUGUUUUCUAUGGAUAUUAGUCUUUUAGUCUUGGAUAUUUCUUUCUUUUUCAAAGGAUAUUAGUUUGUUCUCCCAGGAUAUUUUUUUCGUUUCUUUGGAGACUAGCUUCGGCUUCCUGGAUAUAUGUUUCAUUUUCUUUGGAUACUAGCCUGGAAAGCCAGGAUAUUUGUUUUGUUUUCUAUGGAUAUUAGUCUUUUAGUCCUGGAUAUUUCUUUCUUUUUCAAUGGAUAUUAGUUUGUUCUCCCAGGAUACUUGUUUCGUUUUCUCUGGAUAUUUGUUUUUUGUUCUAUGGAUACUAGCUUAGGCUUCCUCGAUAUUUGUUUCUAUUUAUUUGGAUACUAGCCUGGAAAGCCAAGAUAUUUGUUUUGAAUUUGUGGAUAUUUGUCUGUUGUUUUGCAGAUACCUUCCGAGGAUACUACUACUGUGUUCGAUCCUUCUACUGAGGUUCUGACGCAAGGUGAAGCAGCACCAUCAUAGGGGGAGCUUAUAGCAGCAGCAUGCCAGAGGAUGCUGGAGGAUAGCGAUGAUGAUAUUCUCGUAAGUGAGAGGCCUAUGACUAAGGAGGUGGCAGAGUUUAUGCACUCUAUUACACCAGAAGCAUGGAAGGCAACUUUAAAAACUCCUGCAUUCGAGAGAUCAAAACACCACCCAAUCGACUCAUCAGUGUACGUUUUGGCAAAGUCUCUGUCGACGAAACUCGACGCUACGGCACUGCAAGUGGUUGAGUUCAUCUUCAGUACCACAGCUAAAGAUGAGUAAGUUGUCAUGUUUCCUUCUUAAAUCGCCAAUUUCAAUCUGUCAAAUUCAUGGCUACUAACCUGGUUUUUCAUUUUGGUUUUACAGUCACAACUAUAUCGUGGAAACUCCAAAGGGCAAGCUUAGCCGUUGCCAAAUUUUGUCGUUGAAGCGUAAAAGUUGGGUUCAUUUCCAAGUAAUUAUAGUAUACGGGCAAUUCCUAAAUGCCCAAGAGGAACGUAAGGAGCUGGUAAAGAGAAUUGUCUUCCCGUGGACAUAUGUAGUAAGUAUUUAUCUUCACUACUUAGAUCAUAUUUAUGUUGAAAAUGUCUAAUUUGAUAUUGUUGUCUCUUCUAAAUAGAAUUAUGCCGUCACU